GUGAGCACGGCUCCCAGCUCAGCAUUCAGCCGGCGCCCGGGGACUCCCUGAACGAUGCCUCGGCCCAGAUGGAGGAGGGCGAGGCGAGUCUCGAGCAACACGCCCAGCCUGGGAGGAGGCUGCGACGGGAGGCAUGUACCUGCCCCAACUGCAAGGAGUCCGAGGGCAGAGCGCCCGCGGACCCAGGCCGGAAGAAGCAGCACAUUUGCCACGUGCCGGGCUGCGGGAAGGUUUACGGGAAGACGUCCCACUUGCGGGCCCACCUGAGGUGGCACACCGGGGAGAGGCCCUUCGUCUGCAACUGGCUCUUCUGCGGGAAGAGGUUCACCCGGUCCGACGAGCUGCAGCGCCACAAACGCACGCAUACAGGUGAGAAGAAAUUUGCCUGCCCUCAGUGCCCCAAGCGCUUCAUGAGGAGCGACCACCUCUCCAAGCACAUCAAGACCCACCAGAACAAGAAGGGCACUCUGCCGGCUAUAGGGGGCGUCAUCGUCGGAGUGGGGCCCCCGGCCUCCGCCCCCUCCUCCUCCUCCUCCUCCUCCUCCUCCGCCUCCUCCAUCACCUCCGCCCCCCUGCCCGCCUCAGCGCCAGACUCGGGGGGCACCCCCGCUCAUCUCCGCCACCGGGGUGGUGAUGGAGACCAUCCCGCACGACAGGAUCGCCCAGCUGAUGGGGGGCCCCGCGGCCGGGCGGGCGGCGCCCGGGGAGGGGGGCGGGGGCGGGGAGGGGCCGGUGGCGGUGGUGGGCGCCCCCCCCCGCAUCGGGGUGGUGCAGGUCUCCGACCUCCAGACCAUCAACAUCAGCGGUAA